AUGGAGGACACCACCACCCAGGGCAGUCCGCUGCGACAGCCCAAGAAGCGGUUUGUCGGGCGACGCACGGCCGACGCCCAGGCACAAAAGGAAGGCUCCCAAGCAGAUGUCGAGUCCACGACCGUCCAGCGAGCUACUCCGAGACGGACGCCUCGAACCCUGAACCAGGUCCCGCCGGAAAUUUUGAACGAUCCAGAAAUCCAAGCGGCCAUUGAAUUGCUGCCUAAGAACUACUCCUUCGAGAUCCCCAAAACCAUCCACCGCGUGCGGACGUCCGGAGCCAAGCGAGUCGCCCUGCAGUUCCCUGAGGGUCUGUUGAUCUUUGCGACAACUAUCUCCGACAUCUUGACACAGUUCUGCCCCGGAAUCGAAACGUUGAUCAUGGGCGAUGUCACCUACGGCGCCUGCUGCAUCGACGAUUAUACCGCACGAGCCCUUGGUUGCGACCUCUUGGUCCACUAUGCCCACAGCUGCUUGAUCCCCGUCGAUGUGACCAAGAUCAAGACUCUUUAUAUAUUCGUUGACAUCAGUAUCGAUACUGGUCACCUUAUCGCGACCCUCGAGCGCAACUUCCGGCCCGGGCAGACUGUUGCUACAGUGGGAACGAUUCAAUUCAACGCCACUCUGCAUGGUCUCAAGCCUGUCUUGGAGCGUGUGGGUUUCAAGGUUGUUGUCCCCCAGAUAAUGCCUCUCUCCAAGGGGGAAAUUCUGGGCUGCACAUCCCCCCAGCUCUCGGAAAACGAGAUUGAUGUGAUUCUUUAUCUUGGUGAUGGUCGUUUCCACCUUGAAUCUGCCAUGAUCCACAACCCCACCAUCCCUGCAUACCGUUACGACCCUUACUCGCGUACCCUCACUCGCGAAUCUUAUGACCACCAGGAGAUGCACACUAUUCGACGCGACGCGAUCAACACAGCCAAGUCUGCUCGCAAAUGGGGCAUCAUCCUGGGCUCGCUCGGUCGCCAAGGCAACUCCAACACGAUGGCCAUGAUUGAGCGCCAUCUUGCCGAGCGAGGUAUUCCCGUUGUCAAUCUUCUACUGAGUGAGAUUUUCCCGGGCAAGUUGGCGUCGAUGUCGGAUGUCGAGUGCUGGGUACAGAUUGCCUGCCCACGCCUGAGUAUCGAUUGGGGCUAUGCCUUCCCGCGCCCGUUGCUGACGCCCUACGAGGCACUCAUUGCUCUGGGUGUCCGUGAGAACUGGGACCAGGCCAACAAAGGAGUCUACCCGAUGGACUUUUAUGCCAAGGAAGGACUCGGUCGAACGAAACCCGAGCAAGCAGUGCGUGGUGCUGCUUGA